AUGGCUAAAUUUACAUUCGAGGAUUAUCUGAAAUAUAUUCAACAAUUCAGGAUUACGACGAUGCAAUUGGUUCCGCCGGUUCUAGUUAUGAUGGCCAAACGACAUGAGACAGCAAAAUACGACAUCAGCAGUAUCAAGCAUAUUCUCUGUGGAGCAGCCCCUCUAUCAAGUGAUCUCCAGAAUGAAGUUAUGAGUCGCUUUAAUAUGGUGAUUUGCCAGGCAUGGGGUAUGACGGAAACAACUUGUGCCGGAAUUAUGACCCCUGACAUGACCAUAGACCUUACCGGCAGCGUUGGAUAUCUUCUGCCGAAUACAGAAGCUCUUCUGGUGGACGAGGAUGGUAAACAGGUAACAAAAGAUGGCGAGCCUGGGGAAUUGUGGUUGAGAGGACCACAGAUUAUGUUAGGAUAUUGGAGGAACGAACAAGCCACGCGCGAGAGUAUCUCCAAUGGUUGGUUCAAGACUGGCGACAUGGCUGUAGUAAGGGGUGGGAAGUGGUGGAUCGUCGAUCGAAAAAAGGAAUUGAUUAAAGUCAAUGGACUCCAGGUCGCUCCAGCCGAGUUGGAAGCAGUCUUACUCCAGCACCGGGAUGUGACUGAUGCGGCCGCCGUGGGAAUCACUAUUCACGGCGAAGAGUUGCCGCGAGCAUACGUCGUACUUCACCAGAACGCCAAAGAUAAGACGACUGACAGAGACAUUCAGGAUUUCGUCGCUGGGAAGGUGGCCAAACACAAACAACUAUCGGGCGGGGUCAAAUUUGUCGACGAAGUUCCGAAAUUCGCCAGCGGCAAGAUCGUGAGGAAGGUUUUGAAGGAGUGGGCCAAAAGCGACGCAAAAGUAGUCGAAGCCACAGUCAAGGCGAGACUCUGA